AGGUAUUUUUAACUGUUGAUCUGCCGAGUUAUAGGACAAGGCAAUUAGCAUUUAGAAGUCUGUUUGAAGUCAAAAUAUUUUCCUGCAAAAUACAUAAGCAAUGAAAAUGAGCUUGGAGAAAGAGUCUGAAACAAAAAAGUUAACUCUACUCCACAGCGAUGCCACCACCUACCAAAUAAUGGGCUUUAUUGGAGAGGGACAUUUUGGUAGAGUCGCCAAAUGUGUCAACUUAGUCACGGGCAAGGUAGUGGCAUUAAAAAUCCACAAAAAGAAUGAAAAUACAAUCAUUCAAAGGGAAUUGGAGAUGUUGGAAAAAGUCAGGGCUCAUGACCCUGACGGAAACAACAUCGUAAAACUCCUUGACAAUUUCAGGUUCUGUAAUCUCUCUUGUCUGGCCUUUGAAAUGCUGGAUAGAAGCCUUCGGGACCUGAUGAAAGAGAAUGACUUGACGCCGCUGAGUCUCAAUGAAAUUCGCCCUGUGACCCAACAGCUACUGGUUGCGUUUGAAGUGCUGAAGAACAUUGGCAUCAUCCACACGGACCUGAAACCUGACAACAUAAUGCUUGUCAAUCACUGGGAUCAGCCGUUCAAAAUCAAGCUGAUCGACUUUGGUCUGGCUCGUCCAGUGUGCGCAUUGAAGGCUGGAAUGGUCAUGCAGCCGAUUCCAUACAGGGCUCCAGAAGUCGUCUUGGGACUCCCCUUGUCAGAAGCUAUUGAUAUGUGGGGAAUCGGCUGUGUCAUGGCAUUUAUGUACUUUGGCAAAAACCUCUUCCCAGUCAACAGUGAAUAUAAUUUGGUAGAAGCUCUAGUCCGCUUGCUGGGACAGCCAAAUUAUCACCAGAUAUUUUUGGGAAAGUACAGCUGGAGGUAUUUCAUCAUGGAAAGGAGGCACAACGGAGAAGAACAGUGCAGACUAAAGACACCACAGGAGUACAUGGAUAGAACUGGUUUUCAAUCAAAAGUUUCCAAGAUGGCUUUUGACUGUUUGAAUUUGGAGGAUUUAGUAAAGAAAUGCCCAGAAAAACGUGAAAUGUUGUCUGCAUCUGCAUGCCCAGAAGAGAAUUUGUCCCAGGGAAGCCCUCAAUCACCGUUUUACAACAAUGUCCCACAUGUUAGAGCCACGCCUACAAAGACACAGCCCUUCAGUUCAUGAAUGAUUUGUCCAUGUAUUAUCGGGAUGAAUCAAUUCCCUAGAUCUUGAGAACUCCAGCGCUGAAGAUUCCAACAGAGAAAGUGGUUAUGAAGCUGAUCUCGAGGUCUCCAGUGAUUCCGACAUUGAAAGUCUACAUUUGUAUUUUCAGACACAAAGACUUUCCAUUGGGAAAUAUUAAAUAUAGGUUAAAGCUGUAUAUUUUACUGGUAGCAGUUGUGGUCAUGACAAUGCAGUGCCAAGUGUCUUAUGAUAAGUGGUUUGGUGCUAAAGACCACUCACUCACACUUUUAAUUGGACACUGCACUAUUAAUAAUAAUAGUAUUGAUAAUUAUAAUAAUAAUAAUGAUGAUGAUGUUGGGGCUGCACGGUGGCGUAGUGGUUAGCACUUUCGCCUC